AUGACAAGUGGCGAGGUUAGAAAAAUCUCCGUACAGGACAUUCAAAUGGUCCAAAUUCUUAUCGAAAGAUGCGUUCAGCUUUACAUGAGUGAGAGGGAGGUUGUGAAAAUGUUGUCACACCAGGCAAAGAUUGAACCUGGCUUCACCGAAAUUGUGCGGCGAAAACUCGAAUCGGAAAACCAGGGAUUUUUUCGGGCGUAUCAUCUGAGGCUGAUUGUGAAGGACCAGAUAUUAAGAUUUAAUCAGUUGCUCGAGAGACAGGUUGAGCUAAUGCGUCAAGUUGGUCAGACAGGAGUCACUUCUAUGUCUUUGUCGAAUGAAUCUCAGAUCACAGUGACCAUAUGCCACAUUAGGCUUUUAUGCAUACAUUUGUUUCUUUGGAUCAAAACAGUUCAACAGCCAGCUGGCCUCGCAACACCAACUUCAUAUUUGGCACAGAUAACAAUCUUAUACAACCUCGCAACACAAUUGAAGUUCCCAUUUCACCUUUCACUAGUGGUGAUCCAAACAAGCUCAUUUGGAUUUUUGGGACAGAUACCGUGCAACUUCAGUCUCUCAGAUUUGACAGCCGACUUUUCGAAUAGUACAGAUAUACUCGAGAGCUACUCUAGAUCGCCAUUUCUGGGCUCAGGAGCGAACUUCUUGGACAACAAGGAAGCUACAACUCGAUGGGCAGAUGCUAGGAGAUUGGACACCGUAUCGGAGGGGUUGAGUUACGAUGAUUUCGCCAGGAUUGAAUCUUUCGAAUGA